GUUGGUAUGACUGAUAAUCACAAUCUCAUGUGUUAUUUGUUUAUCUUAUUUUUGCAAUAACUUUUUAAUAAUUAUAAAAAAAUGUGCACUUUGGUUCUAAUAUUCGGUAUAAACAAAAUAAAUUUGUUGAAAUAAUGGCGAUCUUUGUGUUACCAAGAAGAUGUGGUACGCCGCACUUAUUAGAUUUAUAAGGCGAAGAAUUGUCCUCGGAAUAAUAUUUACAUUGUCCCUCUUCUACUGCAUCAUUAGCUUCGUACACAAGAGUGAUUAUUUAAAUAACGAUGUACCUCAAAUUAAACGAACGAAACCUUUCAUUUGGCGAUCGUUACAAGUACACAAUUCAAGCGCUGACGAUUUUACUUGCCAGAAUUCGGUGCAGGGAAGAACGUUUAUAGUCGAUGAUAGAGGAUUCGUCUGCCUAAGAGCCAAUCUUCUUCCCAACGGUUGUUGUAACGAGCUACUUUCGACAACCGUCCAAUACUUAUGUGAUACCUGCAAACCAAAUAAUUGCUGCGAAAUUUACGAAAAUUGUAUAUCGUGUUGUUUGCAUCCAAAUAAGAAGGAAAUGUUGGAAAACGUUCUUAAAAAGGCCGCGGAACACAAUAGUAUGCUACUUGCAUCUGUAUCGGAUCACUUUGAAUUGUGCCUAGCAACAUGUCGUACAAAUUCGCAAAGUGUGCAGCACGAAAAUUCUUACAAAGAUCCCAAAGCAAAGCACUGCUUUGGAGACACAGCACCUGGUAGUAAUAGUGUAGAAAAUGAAGUUUUAUAAUUAGCCUAUAGGUACAUGUAAUUUUCAUAGAAAUAGAUUUACAUGAUAUUAAUAAAUCUUUAAUUUUGUAA